CUGUGACAGUAUGGACGUGCGUUAUAAAUUUAGAUUUGCCGCUCGAAAAUAUCGCGACGUUGUGAAAUGUUAGUAAGGUGUGCCCAGUUCGGCGUGAGCGCGUGUGUUUAUCAAAUUGUGUGUUGUACUCGAUUAUUUUAGUGAUGUGGUAGAAAGUGGUACGAAAUGGGCAACUCUUGCAGUUCGGGUCAGGCUCACAAGGAUAAAGACAAUAUUUCGCAGCAUUCCGAGGAGUAUACAUUGACAACGAAUAUCAAAAGGCCGAACUGCUGCGCGCGCAGGUCGCCGUCUUAUCGCACUAGCAAGGCCGCGCCGGAGCCCGAGCCGGCAGCAGAUCCUCCGCUGGAGCUGCUCGAGCCUGCGCCCUCGCUGCGGGAGAAGAAGCCCUCCGUUAAAGUACCACGACCCGUCGCCUCCAGUGUAUCAGUGAAUGCCGGCACAGAUUCCAUCUCAUUGUCUUCACCGGUGGCAUGCGCGUCGCCGCGAGAGGAAGUUGUGGGACCGCCGGUGCCGGCCAGCGUGGCUGCUCUCCCAGAGGAGCUGCGCUGCUUCCUGCUGGGGAAGACACCCCCAAUGAGGACACGGAGGCGACGAGCUAUGCUAAUAUAUGUCUGUGCUGCAGACUCACAAGAUUGCUGCGCUGAGAAAGGCAUACUGCAGUGUGCGGUGGCGGCGAAGCUACGUGUGCGCGCGCGGCGCCGCGGCUGGCGAGUGCAUGUAUCAGACUUACACUGGCGCUCGCCGCUGGAACAACAACGAGACCAUCGCUUUCCAGUACUGUGUAUCGCUGAACUAACCCGUCAAUCCGAAUUAGGUGCGGUAGUACCAGUUCUCUUCCUGAACUCCGGCCUAGGCACGCCGCUGUUACCGCAUACACUGGAGUGCGCAGACUUCAAAGCAGCUCUGGAAGCUGCGGAGGAUGAAAACGAUCAAGCCCUAUUAAAUAAAUGGUACAGUCUAGACAUGGUGUGCACUCCGCCAUGCUACAGGCUGGCGCGCGGUGCGCCUGCACGCUGGCGUCGCGAGAUGGCGCGCACUCUGAGCGUACUCGUACGUACGUUGCCACAAGAAGCCUGUGAUGCAUACCUCACCACUGUUGUUGAACAGGAGGUACAGCACUCAGUGCUGAUGAGCGGGGAGGCGGCGCGGCGCUGCGUGUGGGUGUGCCGGGGGGGCGCGCCGCCGGAGCCCGAGCCGGAGGGCGCAGACCCCGCGCACCACGCCGAGCUGCAGCGCAGGCUUAACAAUCUACAGAAAGAGCUAAAGUGUCACCUGAGUGAACGUAACGUGAUUCGUGCGAGUGUAAGAAGUCGCGUUGGUGGUGAUGAUGAGUGCGCGGAGCAGGUGCGCGCUGCGCUGGCUGACAGGCUGGGCGCGCUGCUUGACGUGCUGGUAGCUGACAAUGAGCAGCCUGCAGGCAGCUGCGGUGUACCCACCAGUUUAUUUGAUGAAAUAAGCGAACAUCUGACGUUCUGUCAGAAAGCAGCGCAGUGCACCUCCAACAGAGAAAUCACGCUUAAUGACCUUAAAACCUAUGUGACAGGCGAGAGUUCUGUCCCGCUCGCACUACUGGGAGGCGCGGGGUGCGGGAAGGCGACACUGCUAGCUCGUGCUGCCUCGCUCGCACACACCUGGCUACCAGACCUCGCGCUCAUAGUGCGAUUCGUAGGUCUGACGUCACAGUCCAGCAGUUCGCACCAGCUGCUCAAAUCUAUCGUGGACCAAUGCCACGUGCUGCACACGGGCACUGUGUAUAGAGGUAGAAAUGAGGCAAGCGCACUGUCCAGUGCACUGGGCAGGCUGCUGUCAGCACUGGGUCGCACGCGGCCGGUGCUGCUGUGUGUGGCGGCGGCGGACGCGCUGCGCGGGGCGCGCUGGCUGCCGUCCAAACUGCCUGAUAAUGUCAAAAUGCUGGUUACUGUCUCUGAAGAAACGGAUGAACCUUCAUCAUCAGCAAUAAUGGCUGUGCUAUCAUCUGAGGAUGGUCCCAAAGUGGUGCGUGCUCCAGGAGUGUGCCUGGAGGAGGCGCAGGCGACGCUGAUAGCGUGCGCGGCCGCGUACUGCCGCACUGGCGCCGCCGCACCACCUCCUGAGGCAAUGGAUGCACUGCGGCGGUGUACACUGCCGCUAUAUGCUAAGAUCCUAGCGUGGCAGAUAUCCCUAUCCGCGGAGACAUUCACUGAACAAACAGAGCCGGAGAUAGAACCGGAGCUGGUGAUAUGCGAAGACCUGGAGAGUCAGCUGGUGCAGAUCCUGGUUGCGACGGAGCAGGCGCUGGGGGAGGAACGAGUGCGCAUCUGUCUCGCUCUGCUUACCGCGUCACGGCGCGGGCUUGAUGAUACAGAGAUGCUGGAUAUGUUGGCACAUGAUGAACUGUUUAGAAGCGAGGAAACUUAUUUACCAUGGGCGCCGGCAUCAUUAUUCUGGCCGCAGCUCGCCGCAUUGCUCGCGCCAUGGCUGCGCUGGGACGCGCGAGGUGCUGCACGCUGGAGGGACGCGGCACUUGCAGCAGCUGCAUCUGAAAGAUAUCUAGCUCCAGCACCACAUGUACCUAGACUAGCGUUGGUACAGUACUAUGAGGGCAUGUGGUACACGGAGAACGAUCCUAAAAUGGCCGGUCGUUUGAUAUCACAAGAAAACAAAUUCUCUGAGGAUUGUUACAACACGAGAAAAUUAGAUGAACUUCCAUUCCAACAUUACCAUCUUUUAAAAGACGAUCCUGAAUCCUUUUCAAUAAAACCUUAUUUUACAAAACUCGACUGGAUUCAUGACAAACUAGCAGCAACAGACUGCGGACUUUUCUUAGAAGAUAUAGCUUUAGUACACAUCGAUCCACUUCCAGAACAUUUAGACGUAUUAAAAGAUGUCUUCGAAACUCACUCGUACGCACUAGAUUAUGACCAUAGACAAUUCUAUGGUCUUCUAAGAACUACAUUAGAGAAGAGAAAGAGAGAAGGAAUAGAGAUAGAGAGCGAAAUAGUUGAACAAUGGAUGGCACAAGUUUGGGAACCACCUGUUCCUACUUUUUACCCUGUCAAUGAAGAUUUCUGGAAGGUGGUAGAGAAUAGAGAAAGAAGAGAUAUGUCUAUGGUCGAUGGAUUUGAUAGUAAAUCGUUUGAUUUGAUCGUGAGAUUUGAUACAAGAGGCAAAUUUAUAGCUACCAUAUCUACGGAAAGGGAAGAAAUAUGUGUUUGGGAUGUUAGUCGGUGUAAACUGGUGAGAAAGUUGACUGGUGUGACUCAUCCUAUAAAUCUAGUGCCGAUAGACGAAUACAGAUGCGUGGUACUUUGCCGGAGAGAACUGAGAGUCUAUGACCUGGAUCAGGGUAAGUUCGUGGUAACACUUAAAGGUGUGAUGAACCAGAAGAUGCCCUACUACGGGUUACACGAUGCCUCUCAUCUUGUUGCCCUCUCCAGGAACAGAAUGUACGUCAACUUAAUGAAUAUAGAAACAGGUGAUUGUGUGACGACAUUCAAAGCUGGGGAGGACAGGUUUCUGAACUCUCUACUCGUGUCUGGCGAUGGAAGGAUCUUAGUGUGCGGCGACGAGACACAGAAGCCGUUCCCGUUGUUAGUGUGGUCGUUGACGUCUCGCAAAUUACUCUACGACCUACGUAUACCUCACCAUGACUUCAUCACCUCUAAAGCUGCCAUCACUUACGAAGGUUCGUACGUAUGCGUGGUGUCGCGAGAGCUGGACGAGCCAACACCUAACUUCAUAGUGGUAUACGACCUGCAGUCUGGCACUCUGUUCAAGAAGUGGAAGCCAGGCUGCGACACCGCCGCCCUCGCCAUCAGCUCUGUCGACGGAUGCGUCGUCUCCGGACUUGAGGAUACUAGGAUACUGGUCUGGGACCUCGUCACUGGUAACUGCAGGCUGACAUUACGCGGGCACGCAGCAGCACCAUCAAUGCUGCGUCUGUGUCGUGCUGGCGCAGUGCUGCUGUCAGCUGACCGCGCCGCCAGGGACCUCUCUGUCAGACUGUGGGACCUACAUACUGGUAAACUAAUCGCAGUAUACACACCACCUGAAAGUAUAACUUCCUGCGAAGUACUCCUCGGUGGGUCUGUUCUCGCACUGGCCUUGGAGAACUACAAGGAUAUAGUCUGUGUCAAACUGCACGGGCCACUCGUAGAGUCUGUCAAGAAUGGUAGAGAUUGUGAAUAUGAUGAUAGGGGAUAUGGAAAUGAGGAGUAUGAAGGUCGGACCUUCGAUGUCAGGGGUAUGGAGAACUGCUGAUGGAACAGGAGCCAAGAUCAUCUUUAUUAAAAAUGUAUUAAAAAUUGGCUAAACUUACGUAUCAUAUUUUUUUUUAUUUUAUUAAUUACAAAUAAUAUAGUACCUUAAGCUUUUGUCAGCCGUCGAUUAGUUUCAGAGCCAUUCUUCAAGCGUAUCUUUCAACCAAAUAAGGGAACAUACCCAUACCACAUGACCUAUUUUAGUUAUUUUAGUUUUUUCGACCCCUCCCACCCCUCGGUGACCACUUGUAGUACAUGCCAAGAUCCCCCCCUUUAGUUAUUACGUAGUAAUUCAUAAUUAUGAUUUUUAAUCAAUUCACAGGCAAAAAUU